GAGAUCUCUCGAAAUGGUCGUGCGCGUGGUCGUACGUGGUAUGGUGAUGUAAAGAGGUUAGUGCUCGUUGUUAUAUACUUUGUAGGAACGUGUUUGUAAUAUUACAAUGAGCCCAAAGGUGGAUAUUUUAGUAGUUGAUACAACUGCUUUUAUAAAUAAUGCUGCACUUCAAGAGCUUGGUACUCAGAUUGCAACGGUAGAGGAAGUUGUCAAUGAGAUUACUAGCAAACGACAAAUAAGAAGACUAGUAGUUCUUCCGUAUGACCUUCAAAUAAAACCUGUGUUUCAAGAAAAUGUACAAUACAUUACAGAAUUUUCUAAGAAAACUGGUGAUUAUCCAAGUCUAUCAGCAACUGACAUCAAAGUUAUGGCACUUACUUAUCAACUUGAAAAAGAGAAAGUUGGAACAGAUCACUUGAAAAAUGAACCCCAGAUUAAUCGUUUAGUAUCAUUUACACAUCAUUUGCCUCAUGAUGCUAAAAUCACUGCAGGUUUUUAUUCUCCAGGCAAGAUGGACGCCAGUGGAAAUGGUGAAUCAUGUGAUACAGAAAUAAAUGAUCUGUUGGGAGAGUUGACUUCUCUGGCCUGUACCAAAACUGAUGAGGAAACUAUUAAUGAUAUACUAAUCCCAAUUAAAGAUGACACAAAUGAUCUAACCAGUGAUGAUGAAGUGGAAGGUAAUGAAAAUAUUAAUGCAGACAGCUCUGAUGACUGUGCAUCUGAAGAUGAAGACAAUGACUCUGGUUGGAUUACACCCCAGAAUAUUGCUCUUAAGAAGCAAGAAGUUAAUUCUGAAGUAGAUGACAAACCAGUGAAAGUUGCUUGUAUCACAUCUGACUUCGCAAUGCAAAAUGUUUUGAAGCAAAUUGGACUCAGUGUGCUGUCAGUAGAUGGUCGUCAGAUCCAACAAUUACGAAGUUUCAUUUUAAGAUGCUAUGCUUGCUUCAAGACAACAAGUAUCAUGACUAAAGUAUUUUGUCCAAACUGUGGUAAUAGAACUCUGAAGAAGGUGGCAGUAUCUUUAAGCGAAGAUGGUACUCAGGUGAUACAUAUCUCCUCAAGAAAACGACUUUCAGGGCGAGGAAAGAGGUUCUCACUUCCAACACCAAAAGGAGGAAAACAUGCCAACAACCCUAUACUGUGUGAAGACCAACGUGUUCCAGACCAGCGACCUUCAAGGCUUGCCCGUACAAAGAACAAUCCUCUAGAUCCAGACUACAUAGCAGGUUUUUCACCUUUUGUAAUGAGAGAUGUCAGCUCAAGAUCGGCAAUGCUUGGAAUUCGAACUACAGAUAUCAAAUCUGUGAUGAGGAAUCCCAGUGAUACCAGGCGCAAAGGGAAGAAGAGGAAGUAAUGUUGAAUAAAAACAGACUUCAAGUGUAACUAUAUCUCUGUAUCACUGUAUUAAAAUACAUCCAUUACACAGCAUUUUAGUUCA